AUGUCAACUCCCAACGACGAUUAUCAACCAGGCACUGAGGGCGUGGAAGCCUCUCAUACUGCCGAUACCACCCAGAAUGAUUAUAAGUCAAGAACUGGCCAAAGCCAUAUCCCUGUUGUUGGCGACGAUUCCAAGAUUGAAGAUCCUAUCGAGGCGAACACAGCUGACUCAGACGAGCAGUUAGCGCGCGAUGAUCAGGAUGCCAUUGAUCAGAAUAACAUCCUCGGAGAGCGCACUCGCGGCGCUACAGCGAAGCAGGGUACCUACCGGGAGCCUGGUGAUGAGGAAGGUUUAGGAGGGAAUGAUGGCCGCAGUGCCGUUGCAGGGGGUCCUAAUUGA